CCGGUCAUGUGACGCCGGCACAGUCCCGGGAAGUCAGUAUAGUGCUCUCCCGCCUCUCCUGUCAGUGUGGAGAUCCUCGCUGGUGUCAUGUCGGAAAGCAGCGCCAGCGGUUCCCGCUCUGAGGGAGGAGAAGGCAGCGAGGCGCUCCGGAAUGAAUCGUCUGGCGGUAUUCUGGGCUGUCUGGACCAGCUGCACCGCCUGGUGUGCUCCGGGGAGCCCGGGCUGCAGCGUGAGGCGGCUCUGGGCCUCCUGCGCAGCCUGGGAGAGGAGUGUGUGGUGACAGCGCAGGGGAGCAGAGUGCUGGAUCUCAAUACUUCAUUGAUCUUCUCUAAAGAGUUUGGCUUGAUUUUGUUUGUACGCAAAUCCCUCAAUGUUGAAGAGUUUAGAGAUUGUCGGGAAGAAGCACUGAAGUUCCUGUGUGCGUUUUUGGAGAAAAUCGGUCUGAAUGUCCAGCCUUAUGCUGUGGACAUCAAGAAUGUGUGUGUUGUUGUUUACACAAAGGAAAAAUAUGCAAAAUGUAAAGUAGCUGCUUUAGAUCUCCUUAUAAAGCUACUCCAACUUCUAAAGAAGUCCUAUGUUAUUGAAGAAUUUAAAAUUUGUGACAUUUUCAAUAAAUUUUAUGGAGAACUUGCUACUAAAACCAAAUUGUCAGACACAGUUCUAGAGAAAGUCUAUGAGAUUCUAGGAGUAUUGGGAGAAGUGCAGCCUAGUGAAAUGGUGGACAAUUCUGAGAAACUGUUCAGAGCUUAUUUGGGAGAAUUAAAAACUCAGAUGACUUCAUCUACUAGAGAGCCAAAGCUAUCAGUGGUAGCUGGAUGUCUGAGGGGACUGUGUGCACUUUUGAUUAACUUUACGAAAUCCAUUGAUGAAGAUGCCAAAGUCUCAAAAGAAAUUUUUGAAUACACUGUGAAGGCAAUAAGUCCACAGGUAGAUUUGAAGCGAUAUGCAGUUCCUGCAGCUGGGUUAAAUAUUAUGGCCUUACACGCUUCCCAGUUCAGUAACUACCUCAUAGAAAACUAUCUCUCCCUCUUCGAAGUAAUGUCCAAGUGGUGCGGCCACUCCAAUCAUGAAAUGAAAAGACUUGCACUUAUAGCUUUGGAGUCCUUUUUAAAACAAGUAGCACUUGUGGUUACAAAUGAUGCUGAAGCUCACAAGAGCAAGCUGCAGUUCUUUAUGGAGCAGUUUUAUAAGAUCAUUAGAAAAAUGGAGUCUUCCAACAAGGAACUUUCCAUUGCCAUUCGGGGCUAUGGUCUAUUUGCAGCGCCAUGUAAAGCAGUGAAUGCGAAGGAUGUGGAUUUUAUGUACAUUGAACUUAUUCAACGUUGCAAGCAAAUGUAUCUCACAGAGGCCGACACAGAAGAGGACAAUGUAUAUCAAUUGCCAAAUUUUCUUCAGUCAAUUGCAAGUGUCUUACUUCACAUGGAUGCUAUACCUGAAGUAUACACACCAGUUCUUGAGCGUCUCCUGGUUGUCCAGAUUGACACAUUUCCGCAAUAUAGCCCAAAAAUGCAGUUCUCUUGCUGGAAGGCAAUCAUUAAGGUGUUCUUGUCUCUGGCAGGGAAGGGACCAGUGCUCUGGAGCCUGAUCAGUACCGUGGUGCAUCAAGGAUUAAUUCGGGUCUGUUCCAAACCAGUCAUAUUUGAAAAGGAUGAAUAUGGUAAAGAAGGCUCAGAUGGAAGGGAAGCUUCCACUGAAGUUCGGACAGGAAAGUGGAAAAUUCCUACCUACAAAGAUUAUUUGGAUUUAUUUAGAAGUUUACUUAACUGUGAUUCAAUAAAGGAUACCAUAUUCUCGGAUGAAGUAGUUCAAACUGUAAAUUCGCCUCUGCAAUCUCUGAAUAGACUGUUGUAUGAUGAACUUAUAAAAUCUGUUCUAAAAAUUAUAGAGAAAUUGGACCUUACACUCGAAAAGCAUGGUUCUGGGGAUGAUGAAGUUGAAAGCAGUUCUUUGGUUAUUGCUACCUCUGACCCAGCAGCCAACCUGUAUCCUACCAAACCAAAAGAUUUUACUGCCUUUGUCAAUCUGGUUGAAUUUUGCAGUGAAAUCCUACUAAACAAGCAUGUGGAAUUCUUUGAGUCCUGGGUAUUUGUGUUUGGCUAUGAACUUAUUUUGCACUCCACACGGCUGCCUCUGAUCAGUGGAUUUUACAAACUGUUGUCUGUCGUAAUGAAAAAUGCAAAGAAACUGAAGUACUUUGAGGUAUGGACCGCUGACAGGUACAAGCAUGGUCCGGAAGAUCCUGAGAAGCUUUCUUGCUUUGCACUGUUUUCAAAAUUUGGAAAGGAGGUAUCUUCCAAAAUGAAACAGUUUAAAGAUGAGCUUUUGGCAUCUUGUUUAACAUUUAUCCUUUCUCUACCCUACAAUAUCAUCAUGUUGGACAUGAAAGCUUAUGUUCCAUUAUUGCAAUCUGCAUUUAGGUUGGGGUUGAGCUGUCCGUCUCUUGCUGAUGCUGGCCUUGAUGCUCUUGAAGAUUGGUCUUCCCGAAUUUGCCCAAGUAAAAUGCAGCCUUAUUACAAAGAUAUUCUACCAUCACUGGAUGGAUACUUGACUAGUUCAUCAUCUUCAGAUGACCUGCUUAGUCCUCUUGAAAUGAUGCGUCUGUCACGUGCAACCCAAAAGGGUUUUAAUCAAUAUCUUAUCCGGCAAAUAAAAAGAGCAAAAUCCCUAUCAGUGAAAGAAGAAGCAUCUUUAUCAUCAGUGAGGAACCGAGUAGUACGAAUACUUGGGUGUCUAGGGGGACAAAUUAACCACAGCUUGGUUACAGCUGCAUCAACUGAAGAAAUGAUAAGAAAUCACGUGUCAUGGGACAUAGAGAAGAGACUAAGUUUUCAUGUGCCUUUUGCCGAUAUGAAGCCUGUGAUCUACCUGGACACAUUUCUGCCAAGGGUGACUGAGCUGGCACUCUCUGCUGGUGACAGACAGACAAAGGUUGCCGCCUGUGAACUUUUGCAUAGCACGGUUACUUUUAUGUUGGGAAAAGCAUCUCAAAUACCUGAUUCAAGUGAAGGGCCUCCCCCAAUGUACAGAUUGUACAAGCGCACAUUUCCUGUACUUCUCCGGCUGGCAUGUGAUGUUGAUCAGGUAACAAGACAACUAUAUGAGCCACUUGUUAUGGGUCUCAUUCAUUGGUUCACUAACAACAAAAAAUUUGAAAGCAAUGACACAGUGGCUUUACUGGAAGCUAUUUUGGAUGGCAUUGUGGAUCCUGUUGAUAGUACACUACGAGACUUCUCUGGACAAUGCAUUCGAGAAUUUUUGAAGUGGUCAAUAAAACAGACAACACCACAACAGCAGGAAAGAAGCCCAGUCAACACACAGUCUUUAUUUAAACGGCUUUACAGUCUUGCGUUACAUCCAAAUGUGUUCAAGAGGCUAGGAGCUUCUCUAGCAUUCAACAACAUAUACAAAGAAUUUAGAGAGGAAUCGGCGCUGGUGGAACAGUUUGUGUUUGAAGUGUUAGUGAUUUUUAUGGAAAGUCUAGCACUGUCUCAUGCAGAUGAAAAAUCUUUAGGAACAAUUCAGCAAUGUAGUGAUGCCAUUGACCAUUUGAAACGUAUUAUUGUUAACAAAGCUUCGUCGCUGAACAAGAAAUCCAAACGACGCAUACCAAGAGGGUUUCCUGCAGGCAAGUCUCUCUGUCUCCUGGAUAUUGUCCUGUGGCUGUUAGAACAAUGUGGGCGCCCUCAGGCUGAUUGUAGACACAAGGCAAUGAAGCUGUUCUUUGAGUUUGUGCCUUUAUUACCAGAAAGAAAAUCUGUAUCUGCCUGGUUGGAUGAGAUUAUUAAGAACGAUGGCAUAAUUUUUGUGAUAAAUAGGUUUGAAGGUGCAGGCAAUGUGAACGCAAGAAAUUGUGGAAUAUUGCACAUUGCCACACUCCAUGAACUGAAAGAGGUCUUCACCCUAACAUCUGUAAUAAAGUGGAUGGACAUGUUGCUUGCAGCUUUGGACUGCUACAAUACAUUUAUUGGCAUGCGUGUUGUGAAGUCACACACAUUGCUUGAUGCUUCACAGAAGUCAUCCUUUUUCAAAGCAUUACACUUCUUCAUCCGCCACCUUUCCAUGGAGGACAUCAAAGCGGCACAAGCAUGCUUUACAAUAGGCUCCAAAUCGAACUUGUUCAGCCCACAUGAAAUGGAACAGUACAACUACAGCAAGUGCACAAUUAUAGUACGCAUUAUGGAAUUUGUAUCCAUGAUCUUAGAGAACUGCCAUCUGGACUUCUGGAAGAUGCUUGAAGAGGAGCUGCUAAAUAAUUACAUGUGGGAAUUAACUGCAGCCACUAUAUGCAAUCCGUGUAGUAUUGGGUUCAACACAGCAGACGUUCAAGUGAUGAAGAAUCUGCCUGAUGUUUGCAUACGCUUAUUAAAAGCAUUGGUAAAGUCACCAUAUAGAAGACCCCUGGAGAUGGCAUUGCAAACAAAAAUAACACUGCAAUGUAUUGAAGACCUGUGCACUGUAGAUUUGUAUGAUCCAAACGCCAAACAUGACCGUGUCAAAUUGGAUGCCACUCUUUCUGCUUGCAAGCAGCUUCAGAAGGCGGAGUUACUGAAUUCCACCUUGCAGGCACAGGCUACAAAGCUCAGCUAUUCUGUUGGAUCCAAACUUCUGUUGGUUGUGUAUAAAGGUAUUGCUCCUGGUGAUGAGAGAAAGUCCCUUCCAUCCCUAGAUAUCAGCAGUAAACGUCUUGCUGAGGGCAUUCUACAACUGGCUUUUGGUUUCAGUGGACAGAGUGAAGAACUUGUAAGCCUGUUACUGAACACACUGGUGCUGUCGGUGCCUUUAUCAGGAAGUUCACAAAGAAGUUUCAUUAACUUUUCCCAUGGGGAAUAUUUCUACAGUUUGUUUUCUGAAACAAUCAACACUGAGCUUUUGAAAAAUCUGGACACUGUAGUGGCGCAUGUGCUGAAAUCUUCUACAGAAAACCCUAAAAUGGUGAGCACUAUUUUGAAUGGCAUGCUUGAUCAAAGUUUUAAACAACGUACAAUUCGAAAACAACAAGGUGUUGAUUUGGUAAAUGUUGUCUUGCAAAACUGGAUGAAACUAGAGAGCUGGUGGGACAAAGAUUCUUCACCUGAAAGCAAAAUGGCAGUGCUGACAUUACUUGCUAAAGUACUACAGAUUGAUUCUUCUGUUUCUUUUGAUACAAGCCAUCCAGCUUUCUGCAGUGUAUUUAAGACUUACAUAAAGCUUCUUACUGAUCAAAAGCUUGGCCUUAAUUUGAAGAGUCAGACUAUUAUACUUCUUCCUUUCUUUACCAACCUCAAAGAAGAAAGACUAGAUGAGUUAAAAAAUACACUUGAGCAGUUUGUUGCCUUUAAUUUUCCAAUGAGAUCUGAUGAGUUUCCUAAAGGGACCUUAAAGUAUAAUAAUUAUGUGGACACUUUGAAAAAGUUUUUGGAUGCACUGGAGUUGUCUCGAAGUCCGCUGCUCUUGCAGCUCAUGGCAGAAAUUUUUUGUCGGGACAGCAAACAUGUAAUAGAAGAAUUGUUUCAGAAAAGCUUUAAAACUGUUAUUCUGAGGAGUAACUGUGAUGGACAAGUAAUCCUUAUGAAUACUUUGCAUGGAAUGUUUACUUGUGAAAAUCUGUUGUCAAAUACAACCAGGCAGGCUAUAAUUGACAGAUGCCUGCUAACUCUCCUGUGGAACUGCAGCCUUGAUGCUAUGAGAGAGUUCUUCUGCAAAAUCAUUACUCUCUCGGUGGAUACUCUCAAAAGCAAAUUUACCAAGACAUCAGAAACCGUAUUUGAGACACAGCUUACCAAGAAAUUGGGAUAUUGUAAAAUGUUGGAAGUUCUAUAUUCCCGCCUCUCCAGAGACGAAAUAUAUUCUAAACAAUCCAGAAUAAAUCAUGCUUUUGAAGGAUCAUCUAAUGUAGAAGGAAAUCAACUCACGAAGACCUUAAUUAAAUUGUGUCAUGAUGCAUAUACUGAGAAUAUGAGUGGUGAAAGCCAGCUCCUGGAGAAGAGGCGAGAAUACCAUUGUUCGGCUUAUAACUGUGCUGUAGCAGUUGUGACCUGCACUCAGACUGACAGCAAAUUCUACUAUGGGUUUCUUCUCUCAGAAAAAAAGGAAAAGAAUGUGCUCAUACUUGAAAAUAUAAUCGACCUUCAACGCCAAUACUCAUUUCCCAUUGAAGUUGAGGUGCCAAUGGAACGAAGGAAGAGGUAUUUUGCUAUACGCAAGGAAGCACGAGAAGCAGCAAAUGCAGAUUCUGAUGAGCCCCAGUACUUAUCUUCACAGUCAUACAUGGCUGAUAGCAGCCUGAGUGAAGAAAUGAGCCAGUUUGAUUUCUCCACUGGAGUCCAGAGUUUUUCCUACAGUUCCCAAGAUCCAAUGAAAUCUCAGAAACGUAACAGGAAGAAGGAACUGAUCUCAGAAACUCUGGCACCAGAUGAUGUGAUGGAGUUUGAAAUGGAUGAACUGAAUCAGCAUGAAUGUAUGACAACUAUGUCUGGACUGAUUAAACACAUGCAACGAAAUGAAAUCACACCAAAAGUGGAAGAGGGAGUCACUCCACAAGACUUGCCCCCAUGGAUGAAAUUUUUACAUACCAAACUUGGAAACCCAUCCACCCAACUGAACAUUCGUCUUUUCAUUGCCAAACUUAUUGUCAAUAGUGAAGAGGUUUUCCGACCUUAUGCAAAGUUUUGGAUUGGCCCCAUAUUGCAGCUGGUUGUUUCUGGAAACAAUGGUGGAACAGGGAUUCAUUACAUGGUGGUAGAGACAGUUGUGACCCUUUUGUCUUGGUCGAGCAUUGCAACACCAACUGAGCUUGCAAAGGAUGAGAUCCUAGCUAACAGAUUGCUUGAAUUCUUGAUGACACAUGCGUUUCAUGAAAAGAAAGCCGUGUUCAGGCACAAUCUUGAGAUUAUCAAAACAGUCCUGGAAUGCUGGAAGGAUUGCCUUUCUCUUCCAUACAAGGUUAUAUACCAUGGCUUUUCUGGCACUGACCCUGACAAGAAAGAUAACUCUGUGGGAAUUCAGUUAUUGGGAUUAGCUGUGGCUAAUAACUUUCCUCCAUUUGACCCAAAAUGUGGAAUCAAUUCUGACCGGUACUUUAAAGCACUGGUCAACAAUCUUGCAUUUACAAGAUUUAAAGAGGUUUAUGUGGCUACAGCUGAGGUCCUGGGACAUGUCCUUCGUUACAUUGCUGAGAAAGAGAAAUCCAUAGAAGGCCCAGUGUUUGACUAUGUGGUGGAAAAACUAAAGCAACAUCAUGCUAGCAAUAAAGAAGACAAGUUUGUAGUGUGUUUGAACAAAGUAGUGAAGACUUUCCCCAUAUUCGCAGACAGGUUCAUGGCCAUUAUUCUUUUCUUGCUGCCAAAACUUCAUGGAGCCUUGAAGACCCAGUGUCUGGAGAUAAUAAUGUAUCGGGCUGAGGAAAUUUCAGACCUUUAUACCGAGCUAAAAAAUAAAGACUUCAGACAGAUUAUGAGUAACCGAGAUGAUGAAAGGCAGCGGGUAUGUCUAGAUAUCAUAUACAAGAUGUUACCAAAACUGAAACCUACAGAGCUACAAGACCUUUUGCCUUCUGUCACUGCAUUUAGCUCACACAGUUUUCCUGUUUGUCGUGAACGGAUGUAUGACAUUCUCAUGUGGAUAUACGAUAACUACAGAGAUCUAGAAAGCCAGUUGGAUAAGGAUUCACAGAAUAUUUUCCUCAUGGCUAAAGAAGCAUUACUGGAAGGACUGGUGGAUGAAAAUGCAGAACUACGGCUUAUUGUCAGGAAUUUCUGGAGCAAUGAACCUCGGUUACCAACUGGCACAAUUGAUCGUAUGUUAGCUGUGCUUAGCUCUUUAUAUUCUACUAAAAUUGAAAAGCACUUUUUAAGCCUGGCCACCAACCUGCUGCUUGAAAUGACCAGCAGGAGUCCAGAUUAUAUCAGGCAAAUAUUUGAGCAUCCCCUGUCAGAAUGCAAGUUCCAGGAUUACACAGUUGAUUCCAACUGGCGCUAUCGCAGCACUGUUCUGACACCAAUGUUUGUGGAAACUCUGGCUUCUCAAAGCAGCUACAGGUCUAGAACACAAGGAUCCUUGUCAGAGGCAGAGCCAGGAGUAGCCCAACUGCGAGCCACUCAGCAGCACUAUCAGUUUACACCCACACAAAAUAUAGGUGGCAGAAAUUCAUAUAAUUGGCUGACUGGAAGUAGCAUGGACACACUUACAGAUUACUCCUUAGAUUCUUCAGAGUCCAUAUCCUCAGCACUGCUCUUUUCAAGCAGACGGAUUGACAAAACACGUAGGGGCCCAUUAAAACCCCUAGGUCCUAAUUUUGGAAAACAGAGGCUGGGGCUUCCUGGAGAUGAAACGGACAGCAAAGCCAAAGGCAUAGUUGAAACAUCUGAAAUCUUAAGACUACGCAGGCGUUUUUUGAAGGACCAAGAAAAGAUAAGUAUCAGCUUUGCAAGAAAGGGAGUAGCAGAACAGAAAAAAGAAAAGGCAAUAAAAGUCGAGCGAAAGAUGAAGCAAGAUGCUCAAGUCAUUCUGUAUAGAAAUUACCGCCAUGGAGACUUGCCAGAUAUUCAGAUUGCAUACAGUUCUCUCAUUGCCCCUCUGCAAGCAUUAGCACAUAGAGACUCUACUCUAGCAAAACAAUUAUUCAGUUCAUUGUUUUCUGGAAUCCUGGAACAAAUAGAGAUCACUAGUAGCUCAUCCUACAUGAACAGCAUUGUUACAAAACUGCUUAGUCAGUUCAACCACUUCUUGAGCAGCACGGUGUCCUACUUUCCACCUUUCAUUGCCUGUGUCCAGAAUAUGUGUUAUCAUCACAUUGAACUCCUUAACCUGAACCCAACGAGCGUGAGCACAAGUAGUAUACAAAGCCUGCAGCAGCCACUGGGUAUCCUGCUGCUGGAAAAAGGACUGCAGCACCUGCAGCCACCAGGGGAGCCGCCAGCAAAGAAAAUGCGGGGCAGGACUGAGCUUCCUCCUGAUAUCAUCAGAUGGCUACAGCUUGCAAGAUUGUAUCGCUCCAUAGGAGACUAUGAUGUUCUUCGGGGCAUUUUUAGUGGGAAGAUUGGAACAAAACCUGUUACUCAAGAAGCAUUAACUGCAGAAGCAAAAUCUGAUUAUGCCACAGCUGCAAAAAUGUAUGAUGAAGCACUACAGCAUACCUUUCCAGAUGGGGAACCUUCUGAUGCAGAGAAGGAUUUUUGGGAAAUUGCUUCAAUGGAAUGCUACAAUCACCUGACAGAAUGGCAGCCGUUAGAAUACUGCUCUACUCUCAACAUUGACAGUGCAAACCCCCCAGAUCUAAAUAAAAUAUGGAAUGAUCCUUUUCAUCAGGAAAAUUAUCUGCCUUACAUGAUUCGCAGUAAAGUAAAAUUGCUUCUUCAUGGAAAGGAUGACCAGUCUUUAUUAACUUUUAUUGAUGAAGCCAUGAAGGUGGAGCAGAGAAAAGUUUUGAUGGAAACCUUGUACAAUCAGGAGAUGAGUCUUCUCUACAUAAUGCAAGAUGAUUUUGACCGGGCUAAGUAUUACAUCAAAAAUGGAAUAGAUGUCUUUAUGCAGAACUAUUCAAGCAUUGAUUCACUGAUGUGUCAAAGCAGAUUAACUGAGCUACAGUCAGUUCAGGCUCUCUCAGAAACUCAGGAUUUUAUUGAAUUCAUCCGAGUUCCAGGCAACUUGGCAUCUUUGCCUGCACUGAAAAGGUUGCUUAAGCUUUGGAAGAGUAGAUAUCCAGAUGAUAAAUUGGACUCCAUGAACAUUUGGGAUGACAUCAUUACUAACAGAUGUUUUUUCCUUGAUAAGAUCCAAGAAAAACUUUCUGUUCAGAAUAUGGAUGAAAGUAUGGAAAUAGAUAAUAAAGCAGAUGGCAGUGAGGCUAUGGAAGUAGACAAGAAAGAUGAUGUCAACUUUUUGAUGAAAGAAUGUAAAUUUGUAAUGAAAAUGAAAAUGGUGAACAGCGCCAGAAAACAGAACAACUUUUCUGUUGCAAUGAAGCUUUUGAAAGAACUUCACCGUGAGUCUAAAACUAAUGAAGAGUGGUUGAUGAAAUGGGUUCAUAGCUACUGUAGCUACAGUCACAGCCGCAGCCAGAGCCAAAGCUGUCCUGAGCAGAUACUUACUGUACUAAAAACAAUCUCCUUACUUGAGGAGACAAGUCUAGAAUAUCUGAACAACAACCCAAGUGCAUCCAAAUAUCAUAACAUAUUACUGGGAGCCACUUACAGAAUCAUGGGAGAUGCAACAUGCAAGGAGCCGGACAGCCUGGAUAGAAUUGAGGAAUCAAGGGCUAGAAGAGUCAUACAGCUUGCAGAAUCAGCAGAUGAAGUAGCAGCAGGGCUGUAUAGAAAAUCUCUGCAUUACUUGAAGUGUGCAGUUAGAAAAGCCUCAGAAGAGGAACAAUCGUGCUCUAAGGAACACACUGACAACAAAGGAGUCAUUGAAGCUUAUAUGACCUUGGUGAACUUUUGUGACGCACAUCUCCGGAAAGAAGUUGCCCAAUCAGUACUAAAUGCACAGGACCUGAAACAGUUCCCUGAAAUCAUUGUGGAAAAAAUGAUUAAAGCGUUAAAAUUAGGAUCUGAGGAAGCGCGACUAAAAUUUCCAAGAUUGCUUCAAAUUAUUGAAUUGUAUCCUUCUGAAACUUUGGAUUUGAUGACCAGAGAGGUUAGUUCAGUUCCAUGCUGGCAAUUUAUUGCCUGGAUCAGUCAGAUGAUGGCAAUGCUUGAUAAGAAGGAAGCGAUUGCAGUACAGUUGAUAAUAGAAGAGAUUGCUGAUCAUUACCCCCAGGCGCUUGUGUACUCUUUUAUGAUCAGUGGGGAGAACUAUAACUUUGAGGGCACAGUGGACGGGCACAGAAAUAAAGAGUUUGUGGAAAGAAUUCGAAACAAGCUGGAUAAAAAUGGAUUAGCUGGAGAAUUCAUCAAAGCCCUGGAGCAACUGUCUAAUCCUGCCUUGAUAUUACAGGACUGGAAGGAUGAAGUAUUUUUUGAACUAUCUAAAGGAAAACCAGAAAAAAGGAACAUUAGGGAGUUGUAUAAGGAGAUGCAUUUAAAUUUGUGCAACACGAAGAACGACUUCUUUGGAUCAUUCAGAAAGAGGUUUGCAGAGAAACAUGGAAAGGAACUGGACACAUUUUGUGGAAAAGAUGGAUCCCAGCUUGUUGCUAUGAAAGCUGAAGCAUUCAUUAAAAAAUUUACUACAGUCUUCGCAGAAAUUAAAGAACAACCAAAAGAGCCAGGAAACCUAAAAGAAUAUUCUCCAUGGAUGACCAAUUUUAAGCCAGAAUUUUUCAUAAACGAAUUAGAGAUUCCUGGCCAGUAUAAUGGAAAAAGCAAACCUCUGCCUGAGUACCAUGUAAAGAUUUCUGGAUUUGAUGAAAGGGUUAAAGUUAUGAGUUCCAUCAGAAAACCCAAGCGUAUUGUUAUCCGAGGAAAUGAUGAGCGGGACUACCCAUUUCUGGUGAAAGGCGGUGAAGAUCUGCGCCAGGACCAGCGCAUUGAGCAGCUUUUUGAUGUCAUGAAUAUUAUCCUUUCCCAGGAUGCAGCUUGUAGCCAGAGAUAUAUGCAAAUAAAGACAUACCAAGUGGUACCCAUGACCCCACGAAUUGGAAUUAUUGAGUGGCUGGAGAACACAUGUACUUUAAAAGAUUUCAUUUUAGGAGCAAUGACUGAAAAGGAAAAGGAAAAUUUCCAUGGAAAAUAUAGUCCAGACCUCCAUUACAGAGCCUGGCUGGACAAAAAGGACAAAGAUGGGAACCCUCUGAAACAUCUUAAUACAUACAAAAAUCCUGAUCGUUCCUUCACAGAGAAGUCUUUCAGAGAAAGAGAGAGUCUUGUUCCCGGAGACCUUUUACGACGGGCAUUUGUAAAGAUGAGCAUGACUCCUGAAGCUUUUCUCACUCUGCGAUCCCACUUUGCCCGCUCACAUGCUUUGCUGUGCAUCAGUCACUGGAUACUUGGCAUAGGUGAUCGCCACCUGAACAAUUUUAUGGUCAAUAUGGAGACAGGGGGAAUGAUUGGCAUUGACUUUGGUCAUGCCUUUGGCACUGCUACUCAGUUUUUGCCUGUUCCUGAGUUGAUGCCAUUCCGCCUGACCCACCAGAUUGUAAACCUGUUGUUGCCUAUGAAGGAAACUGGAUUAUUUGAUUCAGUUAUGAUACAUGCCUUACGAGCCUAUCGAACAAAUCCUGAUCUCCUCAUUGGCACUAUGGAUGUUUUUGUAAAGGAACCAUCUCUAGACUGGAAGAAUCUUGAGACAAAGCAGAUGAAGAAAGGAGGAGAGUGGCGUAAGGACGUAAACACUGAAUCACAGGGUUGGUAUCCUGUGCAGAAAAUUAACUGCGCAAGACGAAAAUUAGGAGGUGUAAAUCCAAGGGAAAUCACGUGUGAAGAAUUGCGGUUGGGACAUGAAACAUCUCAGUUUUACAAAGGGUUCCGGACUGUCGCACAAGGAGAUAAAGAAUAUAAUAUCCGGGCAAAUAAAGAAGCUGAAGGACUUUCUGAAGAGGCACAAGUGCAGUGUCUAAUUGACCAGGCCACAGAUCCGAACAUCCUUGGCAGAACAUGGAGAGGGUGGGAACCGUGGAUUUAAAACCAAGAUGCAUCAAAUGCUCACCUUUCACAGCAUGACAUUUAAUAUCAUUUCAUUUUUAUUUUAGAGAUUUCAGUUUUACAUGCACUAGAAUGGUUCAAACUGAUCCAUUCAGAAUACUAAGGAUAACGUUAGAGCAUAUUUUAAAGCCAUUUUAGGUCAUUAUUAUGUACUUUAUAAGCUUGAUCCUUACCAUGCCAGUCAAAUUAUUUUUAUAUACAGUUGCUUAAAGCUGAAUGUUCCAUGUUUCCAUUCACUUUAAAUAGUAUGUUUGGGCCAAGCUGGUCCAAACAAACUAUUUUUAUAAGUAAUUCUGCCUCUGUAAGCACUGUAUUGUGCAGUUGUCAAAUUGAGACAUGCUGAGUAAUUAUUAGUUAUUCAGGGGAGGCUUUCCAAAUCUCAAAAAAUAAAUGCCUUUUUUUGAUUGACCGAGGUGGAGGGGCAGGCAAGAGACAUCACAGUUUCCACUUCGACCAAUAAAUAGUAUUUUCAUUGAUUAAAAAAUAAAAUAAAAGGCUACCUAUGGCUGUGAGACACUGAGCCCAGCUCAAUUUUGUCUCUGCAGCGGGCAGGAAUGCACCUGAGAUGCUGCUGGAACACAGCGCUACAUACUGUAUGUAACUGAUGCUACAACAGAAUAAUGCAUCACUUACAGCAGCAGAAUAACUUUGUCAUGACAUUUUUUUUUAGAUAAAAGGAAAUGUGGACUUCGGCUUUAAUCAUUUGCAUUAAAAUUGUAUGCUCUUGUAUUGUUUAUUUCUUUGGUAAUUAAAAAUUUGUGAACGAUCAAUAACUGUAAUCUGUACUUGUGUGAUUGUGCACUUAAAGCAGCAGUUAUUCAUGUGCCACAUACUAGCCCAGGAACGAUGAAGCAAAACCUAUUUACAGAGUCUCUGUUCUGAAGCUGGUAUGUACACAGCUUCCUCUGCUACUUUUAAAAUAUAUUGAAUUUUUCUUAGCAACUGGAUUCAAUUAGAUUGUACCGUAAUAAAAAAAAAAUGUUUUUGCAGAA